AUGCGCUGCUACCCUCUCUUGAUCGCCGCGCUGGCGGAUCUGCUCAUGGCCGCGUCGGCUCCACGACCAGCCGCGCACUACAGAAUGCCCCUCCCCGUCGAUGGCCAAGCUGCCUCGGUCGAUGGCCAAGCUGCCUCGGUCGCGGCCAAAAAGGUCGGCCCCCAGGUCGGCCAUUUCGUGCAGCCCAUCGACCAUCGCAACCCGUCGCGCGGCAACUUCACCCAGCGCUUCUGGUGGAACGCCGACUACUACCGCGGCCCCGGCUCGCCCGUCAUCAUGAUGGCGCCGAUCGAGGACGACCCCUCGUGGAAGGUAUCUUGGAUGAAUUCCAGCAAGCUACCUGGCGCCUUUGCCGAGGCCGUGGGUGGUGCCAUCGUCAUGAUGGAGCACCGCUACUAUGGCGAGAGCUCUCCCGUCGCCAACCUCACGGCCGAGACCCUGCAGCCCGUCAACUUGGACAACAUGAUUCAAGACAUCGUUCACUUUGCCAACCAUGUCGAACUCCCCUUUGACAAGGCGGGCUCGUCCAAACCCGACAUGGCACCGUGGGUGCUGACCGGCUGCUCCUACGCCGGUGCCCUGACUGCCUGGACUCACCAUUUCGCGCCGGGCACCUUCUGGGCUUACCACGCCUCUUGCGCCACCGUUCAGGCCAUUGAAUCCUACUCGGCCUACUGGGAUGCUGUCGAGGCGGUCUUGCCGCGAAACUGCAGCGCCGACAUGAAGCAGGUCAUGGCGCACAUUGACGACGUCUUCACCACGGGGACGAACGAGUCGCGGCAGGAAAUCAAGACCCGAUUCGGCUUUGGUGACCUCAAACACGACGACGACUUUCUCGCCGCGCUUGCAGAGACUUUGCCUGCUUGGCAGGCCGGCCAAUUCUUUCACGGCGACAUGGGCGUGACCCGCAUGUGUAACUAUGUCGAGAACAUAUGGCCUGCCGACGGUAAUGGUACCGGUCAUUUCGGCACCGCUACCGCUGAAAUUCCCGGAAAGGAGGGAGUGGGUGGGAAAAAGGCCAUGGAUGGCCUCUCGAAAUGGUACCGCGAGCUUGCCAUCCCUGAGACGUGUAGUUGGUACGACGACUAUUACAAGGAUCACGACAAGAACACGGUCGAGUGCUUCGACACCUACAAUCCUCUCUCCCCGAGAUAUACAAACACCUCCACAUCCCAUACGUGGGGUCGUCAAUACGAAUGGGUCAAGUGCAACGAGCCAGUCGGUGGACCGAACGCGACGAAUGGUAUCGUUUCGAAACACUACACGUCCGAGUACAGGCGCCGUCAGUGUGAUCUGCUCUUCCCCGAAACGAACGGCUACAAGCCCGGCCUGGCCAUGGGUCGUACGGUCGAGUCACUCAACAAGCGGACCGGCGGCUGGAACGCCGUGAACACGACACGCCUCAUGUGGGUGAACGGCCAGUACGAUCCGUGGCGGGGACUGACCGUCGCCGCUCACGAGAGGCCCGGAGGACCGCUGAACGGCACGACACUGGCCCCCCACUGGAUUCUGCCCAACGCGUCGCACUGCAGCGACAUGUGGAUGGAAAAUGGGAAGGUAAACCCCGUUAUCGACACCUUUCAAAAACAAAUUAUCAAAAAGAUGACGACGUGGGUGCGCGAGUUUUACACCCAACACGGGAAGGCCGGGACAGCAAGCGGCGGAGGAGACGAGGAGGUGGACGCAACAUCCUGCACGGCCCAGGGCACCUGUGGCACCACGGUAUUCAAGUGCUACCCUCCAGGAAGUGCUGAUGGCGACGACUAG